AUGGCGAGCAAGAUGACGCCCUUUCUCUUUCGCUCAUGCGCCCGCGCGUCCUCUCGCCUGGCGCGGCUGCCCGCCCGCCACUUUUCCGCCUCGUCCCGCCGACCGAGCGAUACCCUCAUGGUUCACCGCAACUCCCGGGACAACAACCCCGACAUCCCGUUCAGGUUCAACCAGGAGAACGAGGCCGUCAUUGCCGAGAUCCUCAAGCGAUACCCCGAGCAGUACAAAAAGGCCGCCGUGAUGCCCCUGCUCGACCUGGGCCAGCGCCAGCACGGCUUCACCAGCAUCAGCGUCAUGAACGAGGUCGCCCGCCUGCUGGAGAUGCCCCCCAUGCGCGUGUACGAAGUGGCCUCCUUCUACACCAUGUACAACCGCGACCCGGUCGGCAAGUUCUUCGUCCAGGCCUGCACGACGACCCCCUGCCAAUUGGGCGGGUGCGGCUCCGAUGUCAUUGUCCAAGCCAUCAAGGACCACCUCGGCAUCAAGCAGGGCCAGACCACCCCCGACGGGCUGUUCACAUUCAUCGAGGUCGAGUGCCUGGGCGCGUGUGUCAAUGCGCCCAUGAUCCAAAUCAACGACGACUACUACGAGGACUUGACGCCCGAGACGGUCGUCGACCUGCUCAAGAAGCUGAGGGCUAGCGCCGGCGACGCCAAGGCCGCUGCUCUCGUCCCCAAGCCUGGGCCCCUGUCGGGGAGGGAUACUUGCGAGAACAGCAAGGGGCAGACGAACCUGUUGGACGAGCCGUGGGGAGCCGAGAAGACGAGGUCCGACUUGUAG